CCUUGUUCAUAGCUAGCUCUCCUACUUCAUGUUGUGAUCUGUCUCGACAUGACUUGGUCUUUAAUGCCUUUCAACGCUAUAUUUUAUCUUGCAGUUAUGUUCUUGAACUUUCCGCUCAAUACAAGCGGAAAGACGUUGCCUGUGGUCCUCAAUACAUGGCAAUUUACUGAUGCUUCUGAUAAAGCGUACUCCGUCAUGCAAGCAGGGAAGUCUGCACUAGAUGCAGUGGUAGCUGGUAUCACCGUGUGCGAGAUGAAACCAUGUGCUGUGAACCCUUUAAACCCAAAUGUUGGAUUUGGCGGGAAGCCAAACGAGGAAGGAGAAACCACACUCGAUGCCAUGAUCAUGGACGGCAUACUGGUCAUAUGGCAAAGAGCGGUAAUAUUCCUCUCUCAAUCUAGGAGUAAAGAUCCCCUAGGCCUCAGGGGGUUCAUAAUCCCCCCAAGAUUAACGCAUUCAAGUGCGGGUGUUGGUUGCCUCAAGAGAAUCAAGAAUGCGAUAGGAGUAGCAAGAGCUGUCAUGAACUACACCAAACAUUCCCUUUUGGUCGGAGAUGAUGCAACAAAGUUUGCAAAACUCUUUGGGUUUCCAGAAGAAGAUCUUCACACCAAUAACUCUUAUAAAACCUGGCUCAACUGGAAAGCCAAGAACUGCCAACCAAACUUUUGGAAACCGAACAUCCCAGGAGCAAAUGAAAGCUGUGGCCCCUACAAUAUUCCUCAACGGAAGAGGAGAUCUGCUCGUUUGGGUAUCAUAGGCGAAUCCAAUCAUGACACUAUUGGAAUGGUAGCUAUUGACUCAAAUGGUAAUUUAGCAGCAGGCACGUCGACCAAUGGACUAGGCUUCAAAAUAGCUGGUCGUGUCGGUGACUCACCCGUCGCUGGUGCUGGUUCAUACGCAGAUAAUGAAGUUGGCGCUGCAGCUGCCACUGGAAAUGGUGACGUCAUGACCCGCUUUCUUCCCACGUAUCAGGCAGUGGAGUUCAUGAGACAGGGUCACAGUCCUUCUAAAGCAGCCCAACUGGCUCUAUUAAGAAUAGCUAAACGCUACAAAGAUUUUACUGGUUCCAUCAUUGCUGUUAAUAAGAAAGGAGAAUACGGAGUUGCAUCGUACGAAUGGACGAUUUUUAAAUACUCUGUACGUCACCCUGGACUCACAAAGUCAGAAGUCAUCUCUGAUGCUCCUUUUGACCCCUCGAAAGUGAAAGAAACUCCAUGUACUGCAGUUAAUACGAACAAAGGCAAUACAAUACUGCCGUAUCCGUAUUUUAUCCUCUUUAUUGCAGUACUUGUUAUGCAAAACUGAAUGUUGUUGAAUUUUUAUCUUGUUUUGUACUUAUUUUGAUUUUUUGUUUUGUCUUUAUUAAUAAAUGCUCAUUGUACUUAUGAAAAAAAGCUACAUUUACAUUUACCAAAUUACAAGCACGCCCUCUUAGCUUCGAGCAGUGACUAAUUCAGCGGGUAGAUUGUUACUAACCUAAUAAGUCAUUUUCCCAUUUUAUACCAGUGUCAAUGUUCAUUCCCUCGAGUUAUAUUUGUUAUUUUCCUAUACCAGUAAUGAGAAAAUCAUUUAAUCUGAAGGAUGAAAAACAAAUAAUUUUAUUAUCAAUGGAAUGACACGUGGCCUGAAAUGGGAAAGCAUUACUUCCACUUGAAUUGAGUUUAUUUGAUCAAGGUAUCAUUGCUUGAAGGUGAGUAAAGGGCUCUCAAGAGAUCACCCAAUAUUUCCUCUUCUUUCUGUCGUUUUUACUUUUUUACAACAUGAAAAUAUGUAUCGUUAACUUGAAAUCUAAAAUUAUCUUUUCAUAAAAUGUUCUAGAUUCUCCUUAUCAGGGCUCAGACUUAACCUUUUUGUCCACUAGCAAAUAGCCUGCAUAGGGGCGCGCACUUUGGGGAGGGAGGAGAUGAGGAGGAAAGGAAGUCAAGUCAGAGCAGUUACUAUCACCCUUGCUUCCAUUCUCGUUUCCCUUCAAUGAAGGUACCUUGUCAUCCUCCCCUUGGAGAUGUAUGACAGAUGAAACCCAAGAGAGAGCAGAAAAUGACCUGGGCUUGCAGUUUGCUGUCCUCUUUGCUACCCAGACAUGUUUGAAUCUGCAACUCAUAAAUUUACAAAUUAAAGCCUUUCAGCUUUCAGUUA